GCUACGUCUGUCUACCCAUCGUGGACUUGCCGUUCUUUCAUGUUCCCUUCUCCUCACCAAAUGAGCUUCUUCAAAGCAUUCUCAUCCUACGUCACUAUAAAACAGCUUCACCCUGAGAAGCACGAGCCCCUCCACAUUGAAGAGGAGGAGGAGGAGAUGCCAUACAUGAAACAGGAGGCGGAGCCAGAGACCCCUUACAUUAAAGAAGAAGAGGAGGAAGAUGAAAUCUCCAAGUCUCCAAUGACUGUCCGUGUAAAGAGUGAAGAAGAUAAAGGUCCAAGCGAAGAGAGUGGAGCAGCGAAAUUGUCGCGUGUCAGCCCAUUUCAGCACCCGACAACAAAAGGAGAAAGACGAUCGACACCGAUCAGCCUGUUAGCUCCGCCCUCGGACAGCGACAAUGUAAUGUCACACUCUUCUGACUUUCACACUGAUGAGGAGGUUAAUGACUUGGACCGAAAUGCUUCAAAAUUCUUAAACAAGCCAUCAUUGAAAAAAGACAUAGAAGUGGUUGGGAAACAUUUUACCUGCUGCUUUUGUAGUAAAACAUAUUCUGGGAAACGGUACUUAAAAAGACACAUGCUUACACACACCGGGGAGAAGCCUUUUGGCUGCACAUUUUGUGGUAAAAGAUUCACUGACGAGGUAUAUUUGAACGAACACACAAGAACGCAUACUGGAGAGAAGACUUAUGCCUGCUCACUUUGCGAUAAAAGAUUCGUUGAUAAGACAACUUUCAACAAACAUGCAAAAACACACACAUCAGAGAAGCCUUUUGUCUGCACAUCUUGUGGUAAAAGAUUUACCCUAAAGAAAGGAUUAAACCAACACAUAAGAACACACUCUGGAGAGCAGCCUUUCAUCUGCACAAAUUGUGGUAAACGGUUCGCUGAUAAGGGAGGUUUAAGCAAACACACAAUGACACACACUGGAGAGAAGCCUUUUGUCUGCACAUUUUGUGGUAAACGUUUCACCGCUAAGGGAAAUUUAAAGAAACACACAUUAACACACACUGGAGAAAAGCCUUUUCCCUGCUCAGUUUGCCAUAAAAGAUUCUCUCGGAAAGAAUUACUGAAGUAUCACACUAUUACGCACACUGGAGAAAAGCCUUUUCUCUGCACAUUUUGUGGUAAAAGAUUCACCCAGAAGGUAGAAUUAAUAUGUCACACAAGUGUACACACUGGGGAAAAGCCUUUCGCCUGCUCACUUUGCGAUAAAAGAUUUUCUUGCAAGCGUUACUUAACAAAACACUCGCUUACACACAAUGGAGAGAAGCCUUUUGUCUGCACAUAUUGUGGUAAAAGGUUCAUGGAGAAGGGAAGUUUAAGCAAACACACAAUCGCACACACUGGAGAAAAACCUUUUUCCUGCUCAGUUUGCCAUAAACGAUAUCUCUAUAAGCAUCACUUAACAAGACACUCGCUUGCACACACUGGAGAGAAGCCUUUUCCCUGAUCAAUUUGUGUCAUCCGGAAGGAAGAUUUAAACGAUCACACAAGAAAACACAAUUAACUUACGGCUUACUGCUUUUGACAAUUUUACUUCUGAUUGUUGACAAUACUUUGAUGCUUCCCUUCUUUUUGUUGUCCAAUUUCCAAACAUUAUCUGAAUGGUUUCAGGGAAGAUUUCUUUGUUCGUCUUGUGCAUUGUACCGUAAUUUUCGGACUACAAGCCGCUACUUUUUUCCCUCAUUUUGAAUCCUGCGGUUUAUAUUCCACUGCGGCUUAUUUGUUGAUUUAUUUGGGUUAAUAGGUAAGGUAAUAGGUAGGUUAUUUGACAGCAGCGUCAUAAGAUUGCUCUGAGACCGUCAUACUUAAUACUAGAGGAGUUCCAAAAAAUCGAUUAUUACAUGCAUCGCGAUUCGACACGUGACAAUUCGAUUACGAUUCCUAAAGGUUCAAAAACGAUUAUUUUCCCUCAUAACCUUAUGGCAUCUGCUCGUAGCAGACCAAAAUUCAAGACACGUCUGCCGCCCGGGCACCGUUAAGGGCGCACGCAUGUCAUAAUGGCUGCUGCUGGUUACUGAGAGAGAGAUUUACUCUUUUUUAAAAGACUGGUAAAUAAAUUUAUGUAUGAGACAGGAAGGAAACAGAAGUGCGACCCUGCGCAAGUUAUUUUUUAGAGCAAGAGGGGAGAGAGCGAUAGUUUGUUGCGCCAUGUCUUUCAGAUGUACAGCAGUGGUUUUAAGGCAUUUCAAUCAAAAAAUGUCCUGAGUGUGUUGCUAAGACUCGUGUGCAUCCGUAAGAGGUGAGUAUAUGAGUCCUCCUGUACUGUUUAGCCUUUAUUGUUGCUGUUUUUGAGAUGUUAAUAGUUAGCGCUAAGCUAAUUAGCUAAUUCGCUAACGUGUAUUUCAAAGGCAGAACGUGUAAAACCACAAUCAAGUACAGCAGUAACACUGCAAACAUGUGAAAUAGUACAGAAAGCUGUGAAAACAAAGUAUAUUGGUUAAAAGAAGUCUUAUUUCUAAAGACACUUUGUUUCCAGAAAAUGUGGUAUUCAUUCCACCUGUGUAAAUUUUAUUGUAUUGUUGAGAGAAAUAAGUACUCCCUUUAAAAAGGUUAAUUGUUGUAUGGGCAUGUUUCCAUCGUUCCUGUUGAACUCAUUAGGAUAUUUUAAAUAAAUAAUGGACAUAAAUUUGCUUGGCUAUUGUAGUAAUUAGCAAUGUCAGAUGCAUCGAUAAUCGUGAUAAUAAUAAUUUUUUUUACAUCUGUAGCGCUGCAGUGCAUGCUAGGGGGCAUGUUGGACGACAAUAAUGUUGAAAGCAGGUGGCAGCAGAGGUUGAUUGUCUCCCCCAAGGGAGCAGUGAUGGCCAAAUGAAGCUUCUUGAAGCAAUGACGCUUUGAGGCCAAUUGGUUCAAAACUUCAUGGUGGUUGAUUUGGUUUUAUGACAGUGUUAUGAUGCCGCUGUCAAAUAUUGUUACUGCUUUAUAUCUUUGGUUUAAACAUCCUAUAAUACAGUGAGGAAAGCUGCGGCUUAUAGUCCAGUGUGGCUUAUCUAUUUAAAAAAUUGUCGUUUUCAUGUUAAAUUUGGUGAGUGGCGGCUUAUAGUCAGGUGCGCCUCAUAGUGCGAAAAUUACGAUAGUAAUUUGAAAUCUGCUUCAUUGUAGAUUCACUGCACCUUUUUAGUAUGACUAUCAAAUAUUUUUGUUCAUUACGGACUGUCUUUUUUGUAACCUGUUUUUAGAGGUCUGUUCUAUAAAUAUGGGUUGUGUAUAUACCCAUGCUCUUAGUAUUGUAUUAAUUGUCAAUAUUCAACACAACUGGAUGACUAUGGUAUCGUCAAGGGUGAAAGUGGUUAGAAUUUCUUGCAGGAACUCACUGACACAGUGGUUCUUAACCUUGCAAAAGGUACCGAACCCCUCGAGUUUCACAGGUGCAUUCACCGAACCCUUUGGAAUUUCAUAAUAAAGCCAUUUUUAAUGAAUUUAAAACCUUGCAAGCUAAAAUCUAACUGAAUUCCUGUUCAAAUUUCCUCCGUAUUUCUAUUUUACUACAAAUAAUUUUGCCUUUUGCGGUUGAUUUUCAUGUUGGUAAAUGAAAUUAAACUCAUUUCAUUUAAAACUUUUUUUUUUUGUUUUCAUGUCUACAGUCUCAUUUUAUUGUCACAUCCUUGCAUUACAUACUAUAUUAAUGGCGUAAAAUUAUGCCUUUUUUUUAAUCUAUGCAG